AUGAUUGCUUUUGCCGAAGUUGAAGUCAUUGGUCACGAGUCAAGUCAAAGCGGAUGGUGUGACUUCAAGCUUCCAGGUGAAUCAAAGAAACCUCGUGCUUCAGAUGAUCUAAUCGAAACUGGAGAAGCUUCUUAUGCCUUGCAAUACAUCUUCAAACUACUUCCAGUUGAGUCAACAAAUCCACCUGGGGUUGAGUGUAAGCUGUUGAUUGCUAAGAAUUUUUUGUUGGCAGGAGUUCUAUCAAAAUUUGGGGCUGGCUUAUUUUUGUUGGUUCAAGUUAUAAUACUAUUAGAUGCUACACACUCGUGGAAUGAUGCGUGGGUUGCUAAGAUGAACAGAAAUGGUUGGUAUAUUGCUUUACUUGCUAUAUCAGUUGUGUGCUAUAUCGCAGCAUUUGCAAUUCCAGGAGUAUUGUUUAUUUGGUUCAAUCCAGGUGGCCAUGACUGUGGUCUCAACGUCUUCUUUCUUGUUAUGACAAUGAUUCUUGCAUUUUCCUUUGCAGUUAUUGCAUUGCAUCCGCAGGUGAAUGGCAGCCUCUUGCCUGCUUCGGUGGUAUCUGUAUACUGUGGUUAUGUUUGUUACACGGCUCUGUCCUGUGAACCUCGAGAUUAUGUUUGCAAUGGUCUGCAUAACAAAUCCACUGCAGUCUCAACUAGUACCCUUAUUCUCGGGAUGCUGACAACAGUUCUCUCAGUUCUUUACUCUGCUCUUCGUGCGGGAUCUUCAACAACGUUUCUGUCCCCGCCAUCUUCACCCAAGUCAGGUAUCUAA